CAGGGGAACUCGAAAAAAGAUCUCCGCUUUGCCCUGCCUGCCUGCGCCGGACGGAGCCACCGCACCCACCGAAGCGACCGGACCGGCGAGCGGCGGAGAGAUGGCGUCGCCGGCGACGGGGGAGGAGACGGUGCGGGCGUCGCACAUCCUGAUCAAGCACGAGGGGUCCCGGCGCAAGGCGUCGUGGAAGGACCCCGAGGGCCGGGUCAUCUCCGCCACCACGCGCGCCGACGCCGCCGCCCGCCUCGGCGAGCUCCGCGCCCAGAUCCUCGCCGGCCGCGCCUCCUUCGCCGACCUCGCCGCGCAGCACUCCGACUGCUCCUCCGCCCGCCGCGGCGGCGACCUAGGCACCUUUGGGAGGAGGCAGAUGCAGAAGCCCUUCGAGGACGCCACGUACGCUCUCAAGGUGGGGGAGAUCAGCAACAUCAUCGACACCGAGAGCGGGGUUCACAUCAUCCUGCGCACCGCAUAAGGAGGAAGAAGCCCCACGCCGUCACCGUCACAGCACCCUCUGAUGUUAUCUAGCCCUUUUCCUUGUUCCAGGGCCUGCGGCUCUUCUCAUUCUGGCAGCCCGAAACUUGAAUGAAUGAAGAAAAAAUGUCUUGUAUCGUCUCACCAUUUUGCUACGGCCAUUUGAGCUGCUUGAUACAUACUUACAUCACAGGUCAAUGUUUGAGCUUACGACGUCUUGAUCAUGAAAUGUUUUUUUUUCUUCAUUUCAUUUGUGAUAAAUCAUUUCAAAUGAAUGUUGUAUGCACCA